UUUCAUCAUCAUCAAUAAAAAGCAAGCAGCGCGACACCGUUCCAGGCUUCAUUGAAGAGAAGAAGCAACGCACGUGGAGUGACGUUGUUUCUGGCAAAAUGCCACUUAGUCCUCAAAUUUGUUAAAGACUACUCUUUUCCUUUUUCGGCCUGUACUUACUUUGCUUCCAAACUUUGUCUUCUUCCUUGUUUUGUAAGGUUUCUGUAACCCUUUGUGACUUGUUCACCAGCUAUAUAAGCUGUGAAAUGGAAUGAGAGAAGUAGCGAUUUAGGGUUUGCUCGAUCCAUAACGUUGUUAUGGUAUCAGAUCCUGGUUCCUAGAGAACCCUAGUCGCCUCAAAACAUGGCAGAAAAUGUCCAAGCAGAUCCAGCUGCAGUAGAGAAUGUACAACCCAAUGUUCAAGUCAAUGUUGAUCCCAUGGCGGAUCCCUGAUACCUACAUGGAUGUGAGCAACCAGGGUUGUUGUUGGUGGGAGAGAAACUUACCACUGCCAACUACAACGACGGGAGCCAGGGCAUGUUGAACGCUCUGGGAGCCAAGAACAAGCUUGGAUUCAUUAAUGGCACCAUUCCUCACCCAGGAGAUGCACAUCAUAAUGCUUGGGCUUGGAACAGAAACAACGUCAUGGUGCUGUCGUGGAUCCAGCAAGCAGUUGAUCCUGUCAUCAGAAAGACCAUCAUGUCUUGCAAGACUUCCCUUGAAGCCUGGAGAAGCCUCAGAUCUAGGUAUGGACAAGGAGAUGUGGUAAGAAUAGCUGAACUCACUGAAGCUUUAAGCAGUUUGAAGCAGGGUAGUCAAUCUGUCACAGAGUAUUAUGUAAACUUGAUUGCUAUCAGAGACGAACUGGAUAAUUAUCAACCUCUUCAACAUUGUAUCUGCACACCCAACAGUCGAGAAACAUGUGUAGCUAUGAGACUUAUGUUUGCUUACAAGGAGACUAACUAUGCCAUACAGUUCCUAGGGGUCUGAAUGAAAAUUUUUCCUCUGUGAGGUCUCAAGUUCUGUUUGGUUAGAUUAGAACAAUAAUAUAUAAGUAUAGAAGGCGUGAGCAAGAGCGAGUGCGAAGGAAAUGGAAGUUCAAGCAAUCUAGAUUGUAGCAUGCAAGGUAUGAAUGUUGCUCACUGAUAGAAUUGCCUAUUUAUAGAACAAAACUAAACUCAACUUGAUCCCUUCAUCCAUCACUUAAUUCAAGGCUUAGGUGUACCACCAUCACAUUAUUUAUCAAAAGCUUAAAAUCAAUUAUUAAAGCAGACAAUGGUGAUAACAAAUUGCAUCAGUUCAACAUUUCCAAUAUGUACGUGAGGAUCGUUUCCUAAUCUUAAAAGCUACAUAAAACCACCAUGAUAAGAACAAAGCCAAUUAAGACUAUCCGCGGCUGGCGGGCAAAGAAUUAUUUGAUAAGCACCAAGGUAAAUAAAGGUAUUGCGUAAGU